CUAUUUUACUUCACAUAGAUUUUGCAGCAUUUGCGAAAUAAUAAAGCUCAAAGCAAGUCCACGUAACUAUUCAGAGUUCGUAUAAUAUUUAAAAUAUUUGUAGACUUUACAAUUAUUUUGUUUUCUUUCUUAUCCCUACCGGCAGUCGGAAGCUAAGUACCUCCGACGGCCGAUGAGUAAUACCGUUUUUUGUGCUGUUGAGUGACGUCGUGCAUUCGCCGGCGCGCAGCGCAGUUAUCAGUCCGAGAGAGCAAGGAGGCACGGAAGGACCUCCUCCCACAUAGACGUAUCUGUACUUACCUACACCUUCCUUUAUAACUUAAAAAUGGAAGCCGAUCUGCUCGGAAGUUUAGCGACAGGGGAUAGCGGUCCGGAAGUUCCCGUUACACAACCGCUGAAGCGAGAGCAGGACUCCGUCGACGACUUCGAGCACCUGGAGCGCGAGGGGAAACGGGAGGAGUCACCGUUCCACCACCCAGCGGCGGCGCGCACGGCCACCCAGGGCUUCCUGGACACGGAGCGCGAGGAGCUGUUCGUGGACACCCCCCGCGCGCCCUCCGCCACCGACAAGCUGAGCGACCACCUGGCCGACAAGUUCACCGACAGCGAGUCGGAGGUGUCGGCCAGCGAGUCCCCGCUGCACCGGCCCGAGCCGCCGCCGCACGCCCGGCCCGGCGCGCCCACGCCCGAGCCCGCCUCGCUGCUCGACACCACGCCCUUCCACGACACGCUACCGGCGGACCCCAUCAAGCCGGACCCUAUCCCGGAAGUGAAACCCGAGCCCAAGCCCGCCCCGGCCGUGGAGGUCAAGCCGCCGGUGCCGGAGCACGCCCCCGCGAAGCCCGCGCCGGCCCCCGCGCCCGCCAAGGAGCCAGCUCCUCAGCCGAAGCCCGCAGCCAAGGAGCCCGAGGCCCCGCGGACGGCGCCCGUCGCUCACGUCAUCGAGGCCGAGGUCAUCUUCUGCCAGAUGGGACUCGAUGCUUGGUUCGACCCGCAGAGGCUGCACCCCAAAGUGGAGUCACUGAUCUACUGGCGGGACCCGGCGCGGUCGGGCGCGGCGCUGGGCGCGGGGCUGGCGCUGCUGGUGGCGCUGGCGUGCUGCUCCGUGGUGUCGGUGCUGGCGUACGUGUCGCUGCUGGCGUUGUCGGCCGCUGUCGGCUUCCGCAUCUACAAGAAUGUGCUGCAGGCCGUCCAGAAGACCAAUGAGGGACAUCCCUUCAAAUGGCUGCUGGAGAAGGAAGUGAGCGUGCCCGCGGAGCGCGCGCAGGAGCUGGCGGCCGGAGCCACCGCGCACCUCAACGCCACCGUCAGCGAGCUGCGCAGGCUAUUCCUGGUGGAGGACCUGGUGGACUCGCUCAAGUUCGGCGUGCUGCUGUGGUGCCUCACGUACGUGGGCGCCUGCUUCAACGGCAUCACACUCAUCAUCCUUGGGUGGAUAGCGCUGUUCACGCUGCCCAAAGCGUACGAGAUGAACAAGUCGCAGGUGGACGCCAAUCUGGAGCUGGCGCGCGCCAAGAUCAACGAGAUCACCGCCAAAGUGCGAGCAGCAGUGCCAAUCGGCAGGAAAGCUGAGAGCGAGAAGGACAAGUAGAGAGUGGGCGUCGACGGCGACGAGAGCGAGAUAGCUAUAGCGGGCCAGCUCCGCCUUGAACACAUCUCAUCCAUUAGCCGGCUGCCGGAGAACUUCAUUGUUAUAUUUAUUAUUAUUAUUAUGACUAUUGAACUCAGAAUACGGAAUAACUCCAGAACAGGCCGGAAAAGCUUAGUGUGCUGUUUUCUAAGACUCGCCCGUCGCUCUUCCCAUUCGAGCAAUUUUUCCAAUUUAAUAUCACUUUUCGUGAUACACUUUGUACAUCUUUCCUGCUAUUAAUUUAUUUUGCAUCAACAUUACUAUACUCCAAAUAUACGUCAGAUAUUUUGGUGACGUCACUCGUGUGCGUGCAGACCCGCUCUGGAGUUAUUCUGUGUUCUAAGCGAUUAAAUAAAGAUAAAACUAUCGAUUACAUAUUUUACGUGUAAAGCUUUACGAGGCGGGUGACGCAGAGAUUAAUGUAUUUGCUUUUAAAAUUUUAAAUUAAAAACAGUUGUCGAACCAA